CUUUGUUCCUGGGCGUCAACCAACAUCAGGCCAACGCAAGGCAUACGAAUGCCUGUGCUUGAUACUUCCGCACUCUUACCGCACUCGUUUUAGAACAGUCGCUCAGUUCGUUCCGCACAUUCGAUGCUUCUCUGUCUUCGCUCUUGGCAAUGCGCUGUGUUCAUUUUGGUGUCACUGCUCUCGUCACUUAUCUCAGUUGAUGCCUAUUUUGUAGUCAAUCAGCCAGGAACUUCUACAACGUGGAAGAAUGGCUCCCCCUUUCCCGUUACAUGGACUCUGGGAUUGGAAGAUGGCAUAGAUACCUUCGAUAUCGAGAUAACACGGCUUAGUCGGGUUGGAAUCUAUUUUGUGGCAAAAGGACUGCCUAUUACUAUGAGUAGCCUCAAUGUCGUACUUGAAGACGUACCAGCAGGCGACGACUACUUCCUCAUUUGCAUGAACUCCACCGUUGGCAGAACCUACUCUGUUUCCUCCCGCUUUUCAGUUGCAGACGCCAAUGCCACAGGGAGCAACCCGAGUCCCGCUUCAGCCCCAACAGUGACCGUUAGUGGUAUUCCAAACCCCCUCUCACACUUCGCGCAAACAUUUGCGGCCACUACCAAUGGUGUUGCACGCUCGGGAUGGGCCGGUAUCCGGAACCAGGUCACAGCCAUUACUGUGGCCGUGGGAGCUGUACUGAUUGGGGGCGUUAUGACGCUCUACUGAUUUCUUUCUUUUAAACUCGUUUACAGACUACUCUUCUACGUUCCCGAUUUUACGGAUAUUAUUUAUUUAAAAUUAUUGUAGGCAAUUGACCUGACGUCGGACCAUCUCACGUAAAAACAUUUCAUCUAGAUAUGCACUUCACGCUACCUUAUGUAGUGGGUCUUGUAGUGAUCUUUGUAGGGGCUCUGUGCUGGGAAUUUCAAUCAUUGGUGUAGAUCGUAUGCAUAUUAUCCUCUACAGGAUCUCAUGGCCGC